AUGACCGACGUUGGCGAGUGUCUAGUGAGCGAGGCCUUCAACGAGAGCGAGAGUGAAGCGGAUGAGGAGAAGCAACAGACGAUCGUGGUCAUGGAGGACCUAGAAUCGAUUCCGGAGGACGCUCAGGACACACAGCGCUCCGCUUUACAGACGACGCUUGGCGUCGCUUCGUCCGCUGCGAAUUUCGUGCUGUAUCCAUACGUUGCAGCAGGCAAAGUGGCCGUCCACGCCACGACUAUGGCAGUGGCAGCCCCCAUUUACCUCACUAAUCAUGUACGCGCCAGUAUCGCGCAGUCCUGGACGAGGUCAGAGCAGGAAGAAGACAAAGCCGAUCUGUUCGGGGAACACUCGUGUAGCAGCACAAGCUCCACCAGCAGCGACAAUGAGGAGAUCAUAGAGCUGCUAGAGCCUUCACAAGAGCAUGAGGAGAGCAGCGGGGUCGCUCAGUUGCUCUUCCUUCCAGUGCGACUGGUACAUAGCGGUGUGUCCACAGCCGUGGCGAUCCCCACACGAGUCGCUACGUACAGUGGACGCAAGAUAUCCGGCGCAGUAUCAACGUCUCAUCAGUUGGCUACAUCAGCCGUUGUGGCCUCUACUGGACUCGUAGCGAGGACAGGGAUGCACGUGGCUAGAGGCAUCACACACGGUGCAGUGUCCACUGCGUCCACGAUCUCUGGAGCUGUAGGGAAGACGGUGAGCUACGUGAUUCCACCAUCCGUCUCGAACGCCGUGUGGCAAGGCAUGGAUAUCACUGGGAACGCAUCUGUGAACGUGCUAUCACAUGCUAUUGCUGUGCCUUCGUAUCGGAUGCUACGAGCGUUGGUACCUGCAGUGGAAAGGUGCUUUACCGAAGAAGAAGCAGUCGCUGAGACGCGAGCUACAGUGAAGAUGUUGGUGAAAGUUCUGGGGCCUCAGAAUGCCUUCUACCUGCUUAAAUGGGUCUACGAGACGGUGAAUAGUGAAGAAGCGCACGACGCCUUCUUGCUGUGUCGGGAUAUCCUGCAUGAAUCACUGGAUGGAGAGAACUACCGUCAAGCAGGAGCAUCAGUCAGUGCAGCUACAGGCUUGAACAAGGUCGUGCAUGUGAUGAAGGAAGCGUACAGCGUGCUGCCGUCAUUGGACGAGCUGAUAGAUGCUGCAGCUCUAGUGGCUGAUGUGUCGGACGAGGUGGUUGACGGCGUUGCCCAUGCAGUAACGGGGAGAGAAGAAAACGCCUCUCGCUUCGAGUACGUAGAUGACGACGACGAGCCAUUGGCGCUUGGUCCCUUGGAGGUGACAGACGCGACGUUCGAACGUGAAAGCAGUGCUUCUUCUUCGGACGAGGAACUGAACCCCAUUCUCCAGUCUAGCAUUUCGAUGCUGACGAGAGUGUGUGACAGUGAGGAAGCCUCGUCGCUUUUCAACGCUUUUGGUGAUUUCCUGGAUGUACUUGUGAACUAA